GAUAAGUCGUCAUCGGGCCUGUCCGUUGCCGACUCUCCCUGGCGGCCAGGCUCGGAAGCCGCUAGCCAGCCGGGGCAGCCGCCGCUUCACGCCUGCCGUUCGGGUCAGCUCUUUCUUCCUACCUCCGACUUCGCGGUCCGCACCUGUGUGCCGCUGCGUUCACCUUCGGGUUUUGAGACCUUGCAGAGUGACGCCCAAACUCGGGACGAACUCCAAAUCAACCUCCCCUUUUUUUCUCCCAUCCUUCAUCUCUCCCUUUGCAUCAUCAAAAUCACUAGCCUUUUGACUGAGUUCGAGGCUGUAAAGGUAACUGGAGAAAGCGGACCCCCAGUGAACAAAGGCGGAGGCAGGAAGCGGGCAGGCCAAAGGGCGGCAGGCCGUGAGAAUAGGUAGUUGAGGGGGUGAGCAAGAAAGAGAGAGAGAGAGAGAGAGAGAGAGAGAGAGAGAGAGAGAGAGAGGAAGAGAGAGAACCGCGAAUUAGAAGGCACUGCAGAAAACUUGUUGCGCGAUGGAAGAAUCUGACUCUGAGAAAAAGAUGGAGAAGGAGAAUCUUGGACCGAGAAUGGAUCCUCCACUAGGGGAACCGGAAGGAUCGCUUGGGUGGGUGAUACCAAAUGCAGCCAUGAAAAAAAAGGUGCUAUUAAUGGGUAAAAGUGGGUCUGGUAAAACCAGCAUGAGGUCUAUUAUCUUUGCGAAUUAUAUUGCCAGAGACACACGCCGCCUUGGUGCAACAAUACUAGACCGUUUACAUAGUCUUCAAAUUAAUAGCAGUUUGAGCACCUACUCUCUCGUAGACUCUGUUGGAAGUACAAAGACAUUUGAUGUAGAACAUUCUCAUGUUCGAUUUCUGGGAAACCUGGUUUUGAACCUGUGGGAUUGUGGUGGCCAAGAUACCUUCAUGGAAAAUUAUUUCACUAGUCAACGUGACAACAUCUUUCAAAAUGUGGAGGUUCUGAUUUAUGUCUUUGAUGUGGAGAGCCGUGAGCUUGAAAAGGACAUGCACUAUUAUCAGUCAUGCUUGGAGGCUAUUCUACAGAAUUCUCCAGAUGCUAAAAUCUUUUGCUUGGUACACAAAAUGGAUUUGGUGCAGGAGGAUCAACGAGACCUGAUUUUUAAAGAACGAGAAGAAGACCUGAGGCGUUUGUCUCGUCCAUUAGAAUGUUCUUGUUUCCGAACAUCUAUCUGGGAUGAAACUCUUUACAAGGCUUGGUCUAGCAUUGUUUAUCAGCUGAUUCCCAAUGUUCAACAGCUGGAAAUGAAUCUAAGAAAUUUUGCUGAAAUUAUUGAGGCUGAUGAAGUACUUCUGUUUGAGAGAGCGACUUUUCUGGUGAUUUCUCAUUAUCAGUGUAAAGAACAGCGUGAUGCCCAUAGAUUUGAGAAAAUCAGCAACAUUAUUAAACAGUUCAAGCUGAGCUGCAGCAAGCUGGCUGCCUCUUUUCAGAGCAUGGAAGUGAGGAACUCUAAUUUUGCUGCUUUCAUUGACAUAUUUACAUCCAACACUUAUGUCAUGGUCGUGAUGUCUGAUCCAUCCAUUCCUUCUGCAGCUACUCUGAUCAACAUCCGCAAUGCCAGGAAACACUUUGAAAAGCUGGAGAGAGUGGAUGGACCAAAACAGUGUCUUCUCAUGCGCUAAACAUUGCUGAAUAUUGUUUCACACAAAAAAAUUAAAACACUGUUUCUUAGUUAAUUUUAAUGUUGUAUUCAUGUAUGUAGACUCUGAAAUAUUGUGAUGCUUACCACUUCUGUAUUUUUUCUCUACUCCCCAGUCUUAACGUUUAACCUUGAAUGCUAUUUACUCAAAUAGCCAGUGAGGAGUUAGAAGAUGAGGUGUCCAUGAAGGUGGUGUAACGUAAACGUAGGUGAUAUAUGUAAGUGUUCUGAUGACAUGAUUCUAAUGGUGUUUAAAUGUUCUGAUAACCUGCUUCAAAUAGUUGUGUAUGCCAAAGCCUUUCCCAGCAUCCUCUUGUAUUACUUAUCAAAUACCCACCUGUAAGUUUGGAGUAUUACUAUUGCUCAGCAUGAAUUAAAAAAAAAUUCUUUAACUCAGCCAGGCAUGAUGGCUCAUACCUGUAA